CAACUUGGCUCAUGCCGACGUCUACGCGGCUACGGUCUGACACUGGCCCGCCAGUGUGCCACUGACAGCCGAGACGUCAGCUGGUCCGGGAGUAGACUGACUUCUUCAGCUAAACAUAACAACGCCCACUGACACUAGCCGCGUGGUCACAACUGUCAAAUCAAAACCUAGACAUUGUUCAUCAGUAAACCGUGUGGGGAAAAUUAUUGAAAUUAAAAAAUUGUAAAAAUUUUUGGGGAUCAACGGACAAAUUCCCCAGGACCUGGCCAAUUAAUUCCCCCGGGAAGAAAGAAAAACAGUAAAUCGUCAAAGCGGAUUAACGUAGCGCGCGUUUUGCGAUAUAUAUUUUAGUUGCGUUACGUAAAACUGUGACCCGAAAGGAAAAAAAAAAAAACGAGUGUUCCGUAAGUGAGUGACUCAAUCGAUCGAAUUAUUACUUUAUGAUUGAUCCAACUGAAGGGAUUCCAUUGGGAUACUUCGAGUGAUGCUGUGAGGUGUGAAAAAAUGCACAGAAGUUUUAAUUUUUUGAAAUCAUCGGGCAGUGGAUUUUACAGGGAAGAUUUUAACAGAAGUGUUUAGGUUAUUUAAUAUCAACGAAGGGCAAUUUGUCAGUUAUGACGGACGUGGCGAAAGAGGCAUUUGCAUCGAGUAAUUAUGGUUUAGCUGUGGAGAUGUACGAGAGAAGUUUGAAAAUUCAGGGACCGAAUUUGGAGGGACUCCUCGGUUAUGGUGACUCAUUGGCGAGAUGUGGUAGAGUGAGGGAGGCAUUUGAUGUUUAUUCAAAGUGUAUGGAAUUAGCUGGUGUACCUCAAGAGAGGCUCAAACAUCUUGCCAGUGCUCUACUCGAGGAUCUUGUUGGUUUGACACAGAGAAAAAUCAGUGGUGGUUCGUUCAAUUGCGCUAGCUGCGAGGGUACACUACAUUUACCGGUCACGAGUAAUUGUGGGCAUACGCAUUGCAGGAGUUGUUAUGAGGGGGGCAAGUGUUGUGGAACUUGUGGACAAAAACUUGGUGAGCUUGGGGAGACUAAUGUACUGGUCCAGAGGCUUGUGGAGAAGUGGUGGCCGAGGGAGGCCGAGGCCAGCAGGGCGAGGCACGAAGGUGAUCUCCUUUUGAAGGAUGGACAUCCGGCUCAGGCACUAGAGCGAUAUAAUCUUGCUGUUAAACUUGCACCUAACAGUCCAUUACACCUGAGCAACCGAGCUCAUGCACUGCUGUUGUUGAACAGACCUCAGGCAUCCCUGACCGACGCUGAUCAUGCUGUCAGACUGCGACCGGAUUGGGGCAAGGGCCAUUACAGAAGAGGAGUUGCACUCUCUGCCCUGGGAAGACAUGAGGAGGCCUUUCUCGCGUUAUGUAUCAGUGUUGCUAUUGAGAAAAAUACGCAGAAUGUACGGCAUGAAUUAAUGAGGGUAUUGCACCGCAUAUUAUCAACAAAUCACCGCCGACAAAGUCCGCCCACUACUCGCAGUCCCUAUAGCAUAUCAGAGAGCAACGUCCGCGUGAGAAGAAACCGUGACCAUCACUAUCCCCACCGUCGACCUCUGAUGAGUCCCAAUCAGCGUCACCGUCGUCCAGCCCUAAACUCAUCAGACUGCGAGGACAACAGCAGCAGCGAAGAGGAGUUCACACAGGCAAUAUGCCGAAGGCUACUCUUCAAAAAUGCACCUCAGACCAAUGUCAAGUUCCAUAACGUCCUGGAUCGGGUUUAUCAAGAAAUUGAAAAAUUAAAGAGAAUUGACUCUAUGCCGGCAGAAAUACUACUACCUCCGUUAUCAAGUGGCACAAGUUUAAGUGAUUUAGACUGCAUACUGUGCUGUCGAUCACUCUGGAAACCAGUGACAACACCGUGUGGACAUACAUACUGUUGGAUGUGCCUGGACCGUUGCCUUGACUACUCCUCAGCCUGUCCAUUGUGUGUCACAUCUCUAGCCGAUUAUCUUGCCAGUAAUCAGAAAACAGUAACCGAAUUCGUAGAGAAAGCACUGAUGAUAAUAGCUCCAACGGAAUAUGCAUCGCGUGCAGCUAGCCAUCGGCUCGAGUUAGUUCAAGAUCUUGGGAUUUUAGGAAGUCAACAGAUUGCUGUUUUUGUUUGUACCACUGCAUUCCCGUGUGUGGCCUGCCCAUUAUUUGUUUACGAGCCAAGAUACAGACUGAUGGUUAGAAGAUGCGUAGAGAGUGGCGUCAGACACUUCGGUAUUGCCGCUUGUCUCAACAAGGAUGCAACAGGUAGUAAAAGAUACGCUCAAUAUGGCACCGUCCUAGAAAUUCGAGAUCGUGUCUUGAUGAAAGACGGAUGUAGUAUACUCAGUACAGUUGGCGGUAGAAGAUUUAGAGUUCUGUCGGGAGGUGAAAGAGAUGGUUACGACACAGCUAAGGUAGAACUCUUACGAGAUUCGUCUGUACCACAGGAGCAUCUUCCGAGUUUACAUGAACUACAUUAUAAGGUAUGGCUUAAAGGACAACAAUGGUGGUCAACAGUGUCCCCCUACCAACAAAUCGAGAUUCAACGAGUAUUCGGAAAAAUUCCAACUCCAGAGGACGAAUGGUGGCGCCUGCCUGACGGCCCCUCGUGGACCUGGUGGAUCCUGGCGAUCCUGCCCUUCGGCCCCCAACUUCAAGUUGGAAUACUAGGUACAACAAGCUUAGAAAAACGACUGAGAGCCAUCGAGAAAACCCUCAAUCAUAUGGAGAAGAGACAGUUAACAAUAACAUCACCACCAGCUGAAGACACAACGACAUCAUCCAGCAUCUGCAGCGAUGGAAACGAUAUCACCAACUCCACAGUCUCCAUUGUCCACCACUCAUGAAUAAUCAGUAAAAAAUAGUUUUUAAAGUAAUGAAGGAUGUUUUUUAUACAACAUUCACAUUUUUAUUUCCGACUAUCGAUUAAGACGUUUGUACCACGAUAAUCAGACUGAUAAUAAUUUUGAUGAAUUGAUUGAUGGCUCUAGGCCAUUUAAUGUACCGAAUGAUUCAACUCUGGGAAUAAUCCACAAUAUUUAAUCUUAAAUACUGGUCUUAAAACUUUACGCACAAAAAUACUAUUGAACGAAAAACUUACGCUGAAAAAAUGUUUUUAUUCAAUUUCUUAGUGGCCUCUUUUUUCAUUUAUAAAGAGUCAAUCGUAAUUUGUUAAGUUGACAAGUGCAGUUUUCAUUGUUAAACACCAUGUAUGGAAAAAUUUCAUUGAAAAAUAUUAAAAAUUGACACAUUUUUUUCUACAAAAAUGUCCAAUGCAAUUUCAUUGCUAUAUUGGCCCUAUUCUGUCAAGAUAUUUCCCGUAGGAAUUCUUUUGUCAAGUACAAAAACUUUUUCAGUUUGAUUUUUUAAAUAGAAUGAAAGGAAAAUAGAAGACGUCGUAGGAAAAGGUGAAAUUUUACUGAUUGAUUCGAUGUAUUUUUUUUAUAAAGUAAGUGCAACAGAAUUCUCCGUCACGUGUGCUAAAUUUUUCAAUGAAAUUGGCUUUCUACAUGACCCUUUUGAAAUGUCUCCAGGAGGAUUCUGAUAUGAAGAAGCAGAAAGUUUAUAAUUUUUUCAUAUUUUUAGACUAUCAGUAGAUGAGUUAUGCGAAUGGUACAAAUUUUGAAAGACAUAUCCUGAGGAGGAUUUCAAUCCUCGAGGGGACAUUUCACUUCUUAAAAGGAAACACAAAUCUGUUCUUCCAUGAUUACAUAUGCUACUUUUAUCUGUAUAUAAUAUAUAUCUAUAUAUAAUAUAUAUACACACAUUUCUAUGUAUACAAUUACAUACAGUGGAUGGAAUUUCAAUAAUCGUACAUCAGCAAUUCCAGAGGUAUGAAAAUUUAUGACGAAAAAAAUCUGAAAAUUGUCGCAAUGGAAAAUUCAUUUUCUCUGAGUGCUCACAGAAAUUCAGCUUUCACGUUAUCUAUUGAAGGAAAAAUUAUGAAAUUCCGACAUGAUGCUUAAAGAUUCAAGAUUUGUAGGUGAUAGAAACGAGGGACUAUGAUGCAAUCAUUACCGUAAAUUUUGCAACAAUCAAGAUGGUGGUUGUAGGUAGCAUUAGAUUCUUGCGGCAUAAACAUUGCCAAGCAGAUACUACACUGAGAGAAACAUAUCGUGGAUUUUCCGGAGUAUGUAUUAUAACUAUAUACUAUUCUUUCCUCAAAAUCAAAAUAAAAUUGUAUUGUUCUAUUGUGCAGAAAAUACGAGAGAUCGAAUUAUGAGGUUCAUCUUUCUAAUUCUCAGAAUUAUCGAUCAAUCCACUAAAUGUGCUGAGUCACAAAAAUAAUCCUUCCAUUUUACUAGAGCUUUCUCUUAGUGUACGUUAUCUCUUGCAAACAAGACAAGUGAAAGAAUUUAACUUCAUUGAGAUCAAACUCGAAAAUAAUGAAAUAGUUUUCUAACAUCAAUAGUUAAGACAUAUUAACAAUGUCUCAUGAUGUCACGGAUGAAGGAAAUUCAUAAAAACACUAAAGGAAUUCCAUACAAACGCGUGUGAAAUUUGUAUUCAAUAUUUUAUCAGUUUUUGGUGUCUUUUUCAUGAAACUCCAGUGGAUUUUCCUAACGAGCUUUCAUAGCAAUUGACUACUUUCACUCUACAAAAGGCGAUGGAAAAAAUUUCGCAGUCUCCCUUACAUUCCCAGAUCGCCGAUAAGUUUCUGAGUUAUUACAUGGAAUCAUCCAAAAACUAAUAAAACCAUGAAUCAAAAUCAAGAAAUAAUUUCUGAGAUAAAGCAUGAGGCUUUUCUGUGAAAUUUAUUUUCACGUGAUUCUGAAAUUGUCUGGCCUAAACAUAUUGGACACAUUUCCUCCUAUCACUUAAAUCACUGAAAUUCUUUCUUAGUUCCACUUGAACUAGACAAUAGUCCGACCAAGUUGAUGUGAAUUGUUUCUUCGGUACAACGAUUGUUGCUCGUGAGACGAGGACCUGUUUUACAAAUUUUUCAUACGAUAAAAAGAACGUAAAUAUUUUUUUAUUCAGAACCGAUUCCAUCUCUAUAAGACUUCGCGUAUACGGUAGUGUGUAGUAUUUAUUUUCACUAAUUUUUCCAGAAUAACGGAGAUAGUGGAAAAUUGAGGGGAAAAAUGACGAUGAAAGUUUAGAAACGUCAUAUCAAUGAUGCAAUCACGUAUUCAAUAGUGACGUUUGUACACACGAAUUAAUAUUUGGGGUUGAAAUAAUCCGAUUUGUUAAUGAUUAGCAUAAUCAGAGGUGAGAAUAAUGUAGCAAAUUGACCAAGCGGGUUAAGUCGACUCAACUUUUUAUUGUAUUCCCGGACUAUAUGUCGAAAUAGAUGUGCGACAGUAAAAUUUAUGUUGAAAUACAAACAAGAUCUUCACCGAAUAUCGCUGAUGGCUCUCAGUUCUGAGAUAUAGUCCCAAAAAAAUGCAUAAGCAAUGAAGUUGACCAUCUGGUUGAUCGCUUUGCUGAUCGGAUUGAUGCAUGAUUCAUCGGUGAAUUGCCGAAUAAUUUUCAAUUCUCGCAUUUCGCAUUUACGCGAGAAAAUGUUUUCACGCAAUAUUUAUAAUAUUUCUUUCUUCUUCUUCAUGGCAAUUGAACUUGGAAUACGUAUUCACACAUUUCUGAUUAUAUUUCGUCCUCUUCAAAAUGUCUUGACACUUUUAUAAACGAAUCAUGCAUUGUGAUACUACUCUUUAGCUUUCCUUGUACAUUUCAUAUUAAGAAUAUUACGAUACUACUUCUCUUGUACGAUGCCAUUAUUAUUUCUUCUCAUUUUUACGUCAAAACUUUAUAUAUUUAUCUUCAUUACUUCAUAUCGAACUGUUAUAAUAAAACAUUGUCGAAGUCA